AUGAAGGUAGUAAACCAGAUCAGAAUUCUUGGAGAGGAGCUAGGAGACAGAAGAGUGGUGGAGAAAGUGCUGAUCAGCUUACCAGAGAAGUUCGAAGCAAAGAUUUCAUUCUUGGAGGAGUCAAGAGACUUGAAUCAGAUUUCUUUGUCAGAGCUUGUUAAUGCUUUACAAGCAACUGAACAAAGAAGAUCUAUAAGACAAGAAGAGGCUUUAGAAAGUGCUUUUCUAGCACUACAAAAAGGCAAGGCUCCAACAAACAAUAACCAAAGGAAGCAGCAAGGUGGAGGAAGUAAUGACGAAGGAAGAUAUGAUGUUGGUACAAACAGAGAGGGUGAAAGAAAGAAGUUUGUGAAGUGCUCUCAUUGCAAAAAAGACAACCAUUCUGAAAAAUAUUGUUGGUUUAGGCCUAAUGUUCAAUGUAGAGCUUGCAGACAACUUAGACAUAUUAAAAAAGUUUGCAAAAACAAAGGAGGACCAAUGCAACAAGCACACCAAGUACAAGUUGCUAAUGAAGCAUGGCAAAGUGAGGAAAGGCUGUUUGUUGCUACAUGUUAUGCAGAAAAUAGUAGCAAAGAAGCGUGGUUAGUGGAUAGUUGCUGCACUCAACAUAUGACACAUGAUGCUGAUCUCUUCAAAUGCUUAGACAGAAGCUUUGUUUCCAAAGUCCGAAUUGGAAAUGGAGACUUUAUUCAAGUGCAAGGCAACGGAGAUGUGGUUGUGGAAACUUCAACAGAUAAGUCUUGCACAAUAUAUGAUCAACAUAGAAGUGAAAUUCUAAAUGUUGGAAUGAAAGAUAAAAGUUUUGAAGUAGAAUGGAAUUGGAAAAAAAGUGAAGUUCAAGCCUCAGAAGAGAAUUUUAUCCCAGAACAUGAUGAAAUUCAAGAGGAGGCUGAUUCAGAUGAUGAAAAUGUCAUUGGAAUCCGAGGUACAAGAUCCUUGUCCGAUGUAUAUGACAGAGGCAUCAGAAGUUCAAGACCCCUAUCCGAUGUAUAUGAGAGAAGCAUCUGA